AUGGUAGGUAGCAGUGCAGUCGAUGCGAUCGGUUAUGUUCGCGGUCGCGACCAAAAGGUGAAACGCGAUAAGCGCGACAGCAAAUGCGGCAUCACACCGCCGUGCUCCCCCGUGGCGCCCUCCGCGGCCGCGGGCCUCGGCGGGUCGGCGGAGGGCGAGGCUGGCGAGACCGACGGCUCGCUGUCCGGUGACGACAACCUCGUAUGGGUGUCCGUGCACAUGCGCGACCCCGCGCAUCCGCUCUUCGAAGAAAAAUUUCGUCGGGUGUCGAAGCUGACGAAAGUGGAUUUCAACUGCCUGAACCUGGUCGUGAACGUCGACAGCUGGGUGGCGGUACUCGACUUCUUCGGCUUCGCGGGUGACGACGCUCCCGUCGACGAGUCCGCCUCGCGGCCACAGCGAGUCGGUGCGGACGGUCACUUUUCUGCAGAGUCGGUAUCCAACGGAGCCACCGUCACGUAGCCCUCGGCGUGCCGUUCCAGACUCGCAGAGCGCGGCGGCGGAGCAGGGAAUAACGCAGACGGAGACCUCGAUCCGGUCGCUGUCGGUGGUGGUGGUGACGUCCCGCGGCGAGGCGUGCCGCGCGCUCGUGUCGCGCGUGCUGGUGGUGGGCCAGGCGGACGAGGCGCUGCACUCCAGGACCAUCACGGGCCGGCUUGGCGGGCUGCUUCUCACGGACCUCACCCCCCACUCGCCGCUGUGGAGGGACCGCUUCAGGACGCACGGCGACCAGGCGCUCACUUUCGAGUACC